AUGACGAAUCUGCUCCUUCAGGAUCCGUUUGCAGUACUGAAGGAAUACCCAGAGAAGCUUACGCAUACUCUAGAAAAUCCACUUCACACGGAAUGCCUUCAAUUUAGCCCCAGAGGCGAUUACUUAGCGCUUGGCUGCGGGAAUGGAGGAGUCGUGAUUUACGAUAUGGAUACCAACAGGCCUAUAUUGGCUUUAGGCAGCAAGCUUGGAGCCCAUGUCAGAUCGGUUCAGGCCAUUUCGUGGUCUACCUGCGGUAGAUACUUGCUCACUGCUUCACGGGACUGGUAUGUGAAGUUAUGGGACCUCGAAAACCAUAGUCAACCAAUAAAAGAGAUUUGUGUUGGCUCACCAGUAUGGACAUGCCAGUGGAUUGAUUCAUCUCGUGGACUCUGCGUGGCAACUGCGUUGGAAGAAGAGACCUCAUUCCUUAUCAACUUUGAAGGUCAGCCUGCUCUAACUCCGUUGAUUGAUGCAAGUGAUCGUGAUUUGUCAAAUAACCAAGGCUAUGUAAUUAGCUUAGCAGUUCACCACACACUUAAAAAUAUAGUCAUAACUGGAUCUUCUAAAGGUUGGGUUACCUUUUACCGGCUGGAUAGUGUUCCAAAAGUAAUUAUGAGUCAAAAGAUAGCAAAUUCAAAUAUAAAGCAUGUGGCAAUAUCGCAAACUGGUGAUAAACUUGCAAUCAAUUCGUCAGAUAGAACAAUUAGGCAAUAUUCUUUGAGAAUCAGCGGAGAUACUAUGACUGUUGAUAUGAAAUUAGAACAUAAAUAUCAAGAUGUCAUAAAUAAACUCCAAUGGAAUGGUAUAUUUUUCAGUAGCAAAUCGGCUGAUUAUCUGGUAGCAUCUACAAACGGAUCGUCAGCACAUGAGCUCUAUCUCUGGGAGACGACAUCUGGAACAUUAGUCCGUGUUUUGGAAGGCUCUGAAGAAGAAUUAAUGGAUAUAGACUGGAAUUUCUAUAAUAUGUGCAUCGCGAGUAACGGCCUUGAAUCUGGCGAUGUUUACAUUUGGUCAAUAAUCAUCGCACCAAAAUGGAGUGCCUUGGCUCCAGACUUUGAAGAAGUUGAAGAAAACAUUGAUUAUCAAGAAAAGGAAGAUGAAUUUGACCAGGUUGACGAAUUGGAACAGCAACAAGAGCUUAAUCAAGUAGAGGAGGUGGAUAUCGAUCUUAUAACCAAUGAGCGGUUUGACGUGCGAGGAAAUGACCUGCUCGUCCCCUUAUUCACGAUUCCCACCAACUAUGAACGCAUUUUGAUGAUGCAAUUGCCAAAGCAAUGA